AUGGAGCAGCACACCGUCUUGAAGGAGAUAAAACAAAGCAAGAACAACUGCGAGGCCUUCUUUGAACGGCACUUUAGGGGGCUCCUACCAAAUGGGAGGGGGGCCGAACAUGAGAAAGAGGAGGAGGAGGAGGGGAUCAGCACAGAAGAAUCGGAGGAAUUACAAAAGAGAGUCCACUCAUUGUGGGGAGAAGUAAAAGCGGAGAAGGAGUACAUAGAUGGGGAGAUAAACGCAGAGGUGGAGGACUACAGGGGGAUGGCCAUCCUUAUGAAGACACAUGUGGAGGCUAUGCAGGUAGAAAUGGGGAAACUGUUCAGUAACAUUGACGUGGCGGAUGGGAAGGUGUCUGCUGGGGGGGGCCACCAUUGGAAAGGCGGCACCUCAUUCAGCAGCGAUAGCGGCAGGAGUGCGAACGCAGAGGUGGGCCGCCUCCACGAAAUGGGUGAAGCGGACGAAGCCCACCAAAUGGACGAAUCUCACGAACUGGAGGGCAUCCUCAGAAAAAGCAUCGACGCGAAGGGCAGGCUGGAGAACAUCAAACGGGGGCUGCUCUUUCUGAAGGCGUUCCCCUCCCUAAAGAAAAAUAUGAACGAAUUAUUUUUAAUUGUAAAAAAUGUACAGCUAGACGUAAAUGAAAAGGUGAAGAAGGCAAUAAUUUUACACUCCAAUUUGCUCUACAUAAAUGAGCACGAAGAAAUUAUUUCCUAUUUUAAAAUUUACGUGCCUUCCAUUGAUGUGUGUAUAUAUAGCUCCGAAUUUUUUGACAAUUUUUUUGGCCUGCUAAACGACAUCCUGGCCUCCUUUCUGAGCGAUGAGAAUGCCUCCCCUGUUGACUCGACCAGAAUUCUGCAGAUUUACGUGCAGACGUUCCGCACGUAUUUGAAGUUUGUUCACCUGUACGUGUACCCCGAGGGGUACCUGGUUGAGGAGAUUACAAAAAAGAUCGUUCACUUCAUCGUGGGGAAUUUUCGGAAGACGUUUUUGAAAUUCACGCAGUCCGAGUCGGGGGGGGCUGUGCACAACGCGGUGAUAAACUACUACGAGUACUUCACCACGUUCGUUGAGGAGCACCAGGCGGCCAUGCGCCGCCUCGUCCGCCAGCUUUGCAAGGAAGUCGCCCCGGAUUGCGGUGUUAGCGGUGUUAGCGGUGUUAGCGGCGAAGGCGGUCAGGUUGCCGCAGAAGACGGCGAACGUGGCGAGGUCGCCCAAGUGGCCCAGCACGAGGAGGACUUUCUCGUGCGGCUCUACAAGGAAGCCAUCCAGGUGGUGGGCCCCUUCGUGGGCGAGCAGGCCAAGCAGCUGCGCGAAGACAAGUCGGGCGCGAUCAAACGGAAAGGAGCAGCAACGCACAAAAUUAUGGACGCCCUCAGCGUCAGCGUGAAUAUACUCUCCAAUUCACCCCUCCUCAUCGGGAAAAAAAAUAUGCUUAGUAGAAUAAUAAACGAAGCGACUUUUAUGAGCGACGAUGUUAUGGCAGAGCAUGUAGUCAGCCUCAGUGACGCAUCCCAAUUUGAUAUGCAUUGCUUUGAAGAGGUUAACACAAAAGUGAGCACUUUCGAUCGAAAUGACAUCAUGGCGGAAAACAAGUUGCACACUUUUUUUACCCAAUUGGAAGAGGACAUCACCAAAAUAAUUGAAAAAAAAAAAAAAGAAAUAAAUACAAAGGAGAUGUUCAAUUCUCCUUUUUUUAAAUUCAUCCCAUUUUUUUCUUUCACGUUUUGUCACGACACGGAAUUCCUUUUGCUCUUCAUCAAUGUGUAUAAUUUUGUUUAUGAAAUUAUUUACAAUAUGAAGGACCAAAUACGAAGGAAAAAGGAAGAAAAUGAAAAAAGGAGGAAGCAAAAUUUGGCAGGCAUCCACGAUGAUGAGUCUCGCUAUCUCUCCAUGAAAGAGGAUUUGGACUCCUCCAGUGAAGUCAUCCAGUAUGUAAAAACUGUCAUGAUGACUUUCAUUCAAAUUGUUAAUACGUUUGUUAAUAUUACAAAACUGUAUGAGUCCUUUGGGAAGUUCCUUUUCGAAAGAACGUUGGGCCAUUUUACCAGCAGAAGUCUGCUGAACGUCAUUUCGAAGAGAUACCUGAGCAGACGGGGCAAGUACCCUCCCGGGGUCGACCUCAACAUUGGCCACGUGCACGCGUAUUUCGAGAAGGGGGACUUCCCCACAGUGAACCCUCCGGCGGGGGCGGAGCGCCGUAAGGCGCGGCCAGGAGAGCGGCACGCAGAAGGGGAACGCGCAGAAGAGCGGCACGCAGAAGAGGAGCGCGGAGCGUCGCCAACAGAGCAUAACGCAACAUCGCCAGCAGAGCAGGAGGCCCCCUCCCCAGAUGGUGAACCCCCCCGUGGGGUGGCAGCGGAGGUGCAGGCGGAGGAAAAGCCAAACGAGCCGAACGAGCCGCGCGAGCUGGACGAGCUGGAGUGCGGGAAACACCUGCUGAAGUCGUCCCUGUGCAAAUUAAACGACAUCAAAAGUACCAUUAUAAAAAACGUCAUUCACUUUGCCCUAAUCCCACUGUACGAUUACACAAAUAGGUACACUGCGAAGGUGGGCGCCCUUCCUCGGAAGGAAGAAACGGUGGAGAGUUUAGACCCGGAGGAAAACAUCUGCUUCAUCGUAGAAACGGUAUUCUUGUACAUUCACACGUUCCAUGAGCACGGGAAUAAACACUUGACGGAUCUGCUGUUUGAGCAAAUUGCGGAGAUGUUCCUCUCCUCCGUAGGCAGCAUUCGCCACUUGAAUGAAAGUGCCCUCCGGCAGCUGCAGGCAGACACGCAGUACUUUAUAAACGUUUGCAAAAGAUUGAAAGUGAGGAAUUACAAGCCUUUUUUUUUGUUCAGCUGCUCCCUUUCUUUUGUUCUCGCGCGAGGGGGCCGAGAUGGGGGCCGAGACGGGAGCGGAAACGGGAGCGGAGACGGAAUCCGCGGCGAUGCUUCAGCUGUGCGCGCGGAGGUGCACGCCUACCUGAGCGAGUGCGCCAUGCGGGAGGGGCAGGAGGGAAAAGAACAGGAGCAGGGGCAAGAGCAGGAGCACGAGCAGCGGCAGGAGCAGCGGCAGGAGCGGGGAAGCGCCCACCCUUUUGGCAUAACCAGUGACGACGCCGCCACUGCGCAGGCGCAUGUCGCGCGGCUCCUGUCGUGCCUGCAGUGA